CUCAUUCCACCUCGUGAAAAACCUAUCGAUUUGAGCUAUCACCAUCAUGUCAUCGGAGCCGGAGAUUCAACCGCCAUCCACCGAGACACCGGACGAAUCCGGAGAGAAGAUCAGCAAGAAAGCCGCCAAGAAGGAAGCCGCGAAGCUCGAGAAGAUGCGCCGCCGCCAGGAGCAAGAAGAAGCCGCUCGCAAGACCGCUUCUCUUUCCCUCGAGGAUGAAUCGUCUUCCAGAAACUACGGCGACGUCACCCUCACCGAGUUGCAGUCCACGGCCGAUCCCAAAGCCGGGAAGUGGAGAGAGGCUGUCGAGGGGAAGGAGUGGACUAACGUGAGCGAGCUGGUGGAGGAGAUCGCUGGAUCAGAGGUUCUGAUCAGGGGCCGUGUGCACACGAAUCGUCCGGUUUCUAGCAAGUUGGGGUUUGUGAUCUUGAGGCAGAGUGGAUUCACGGUUCAGUGUGUGGUUACUGAGUCCAAGGAGAGGAAUGUGAGUGUCAACAUGGUUAAGUUCCUUAAGCAGCUGAGUGGCGAAUCCUUUGUUGAUGUCAUUGGUGUUGUCGUUCUCCCCAAGGAACCUCUGACGGGAACCACGCAGCAGGUUGAGAUACAAGUGAGGAAAGUGUACUGCGUCAACAGUGCCUUGCAGAAGUUACCACUUAAUGUUGAGGACGCUGCCCGGAGUGAAGCAGACAUUCAGGCAGGGAAACCUGGUGCCAAUCAGGAUACACGUUUGAACAAUAGAGUGAUCGACCUCAGGACACCGGCUAAUCAAGCUAUCUUCCGCAUUCAGUGCCAUGUCCAAAUUGCAUUCAGAGAAUUCUUACUAUCUAAGGGUUUUCUUGAAAUCCACACACCGAAAUUGAUUGCUGGUAGUAGUGAAGGUGGUGCUGCUGUAUUUAGGUUGGAGUACAAAGGGCAGCCUGCUUGUCUAGCUCAGUCUCCUCAGCUUCAUAAGCAGAUGGCAAUAUGUGGUGACUUGGAACGUGUCUUUGAGGUUGGUGCUGUUUACAGAGCAGAAGAUUCGUUCACUCAUAGACAUCUGUGUGAAUUUAUUGGUCUUGAUGUUGAGAUGGCGAUUCACAAGCACUAUUCUGAGGUAAUGGAUAUUGUGGGCGAGUUGUUUCCGUUCAUAUUCACUAAAUUAGAGGAGAGGUGCUCAAAGGAACUUGAAGCUAUUAGAAAGCAAUACCCUUUUCAGCCGUUGAAGUUUCUUCCAAAAACAUUGACUAUACCCUUUGCAGAAGGGAUUCAAAUGCUGAAGGAAGCUGGUGUCGAGGCUGAUCCUCUUGGAGAUCUAAAUACAGAAGUUGAGAGAAAGCUUGGCCAGCUCGUUCUGGAGAAGUACAAUACGGAGUUCUACAUCCUGCAUCGCUAUCCUUCGGCGGUUAGGCCAUUCUACACUAUGCCCUGUGCGGACGAUUCUAACUACAGCAACUCAUUCGAUGUCUUCAUAAGAGGUGAGGAAAUCAUAUCCGGAGCUCAACGUGUCCAUGACCCAGAACUCUUGAAGGAACAGGCAAUACGAUUUGGGAUUGAUGUCGAUACAAUAAAAACAUACAUCGAUUCAUUCAGGUACGGUGCACCACCUCACGGUGGAUUCGGUGUGGGGCUGGAGCGAGUGGUUAUGCUCUUCUGUGGCCUCAACAACAUCCGCAAAACAUCUCUCUUCCCUCGUGACCCCCUAAGGCUCGCUCCUUAAUAUCUUUCCAUCUCAAAGCUAAAGCGUGGACAAUUUGCCAGACUCUGCAGAUUUUUCUCAUAUGAAUACUAUUGAGAGUUUAGUGGAUGAUAUUGUCUUUUACUAUCAUUCUUGCCCUUUUGUGCAAGUGAAUCUUGGUUUACUUCUGUGAUACUUGUGUUUCUGUCACAUUACCGAGUAAUCUAAACCCCUUUUCUUUUUUA